AUGGCUCUCACCGCAGCUCAAGUCGCGAUAGUUAAGUCUACUGCGCCAAUUCUAAAAGAGCAUGGAAAGACCAUCACCACCACUUUCUACCGCAGCAUGCUUGGUGCCCAUCCUGAACUCAAGAACUACUUCUCUCUGCGCAACCAACAAACUGGAGCUCAGCAGGCUGCCCUCGCCAACUCUGUCCUCGCCUAUGCGACAUAUAUCGACGACCUGGGCAAGAUAUCCCCCGCCGUUGAACGUAUCGCUCAAAAGCACGUCUCCCUCUUCAUCAAGCCCGAGCACUACCCCAUUGUUGGCACGCAUCUCAUCGGGGCCAUCGGCGAAGUCCUCGGCUCUGCCCUCACUAAGGACAUCAAGGACGCCUGGGUUGCUGCAUAUGGCCAGCUCGCUGAUAUCUUCAUUCAGCGCGAGGGUCAGCUUUACGAUGCCAACACUGAGUGGAAAACGUGGCGCAAGUUCAAGAUCACUAAGAAAGAGGCUGAGAACGACUCCGUUACAAGUUUCUACCUUGAGCCAACCGACAACAAGCCCCUUCCCAAGUUCCUCCCUGGACAGUAUGUCAGUGUGCAGAUUCCUAUCCCUGAGCUCGAUGGUCUUCUCCAGAGCCGCCAGUUCAGUCUGAGCGAGGCCCCUGGCACCAACCACUACCGCAUCAGCGUGAAGCUGCAGGGUCCUGAGGAGGAGCCUGCCCUUGAGGAUCUCCGUGAUGGUAAGAUCGCUGGUCUGCUCUCCACCAGACUGCAUAAGCGAUACAAUGUUGGCGACGAGGUUGAGCUAAGCCCUCCUGCUGGAGAAUUCUUCCUCAACCCUGCGGACCCCGCGUCAGCUAAGAAGCCUCUUGUUCUUCUCUCCGCCGGCGUCGGUGCCACUCCACUCGUCUCCAUCCUCGACUCAGUUCUCUCCUCUGAGUCUGCCUCGAGACCUAUCACCUGGAUCCACGGUGCUCGUUACUCCGGCUCUACCUGCUUCGUGCCUCAUGUUCUCGACGCUGCCAAGAGGCACGAGAACAUCACCGCCAAGAUCUUCCUCGAGGACGUCAAGGAAGGCGACCAAUACGAUUUCAAGGGUGAGAUCAAUCUUGCACGUCUCCAGAAGGAACAACUUCUCCAGCUCGACCGUGCUGAUGCUGAGUACUUUAUCUGUGGCCCUGAGGACUGGAUGGUCAAUGUCAGGGCGUUCCUUGAGGAGAACGGCGUUCCUCGCGAGCGCCAGCACCUAGAGCUGUUCAAGACUGGUGAUGUCUGA